AUGGAUCCGUUAACAGCAAUCAGUUUAGCUUCGGCAAUAGUACAAUUCAUUGACUUUAGCAGCAAAUUAGUCAGUGGUGCACGAGAGAUAUAUGUUUCGGCAUCUGGCGAUACAGAAGAAAAUAGAAGUGUAGAGGUAAUCACGACCGAGAUGAAAGCACUUAGCUUAAGACUCUCGCCGACCAGCUCUUCACGAAGUGAGGAUGAGAAGAGUUUAUCUCGAUUGGCAGCCGAAUGUGAGAUUGUCUCCGGACAAAUUCUGGAACUUUUAAACAAGAUUAAGCCGAAAGACUCAACUUCUAGACGGCAAAGUGUCUGGGCUGCAUUCAAGAACAAGCUACAAGAGAGAGAGAAGGCGGAAUUAGAGACCAGACUACAUAAUUGCCGCAGCCAGCUUGGGUUGCAGCUUAAUUUCUUGAUGAGUUCUGAGACAAGACACAAGCUUGAUUCUCUAAUAAGCUCAGCUGAAGGCGACACUGCUACCCUUGGAAUACUUCAAAGCGACAUCGAACAGCUUACCCGAGGGGUUACUGUGACUUCUAUUAGUCCAGAAACCCAAACUCAAAUCAAAGAGGCCUUGGACCUUUCAGGUCGAGCUUACGAAACAGCCGCACAGCAGCGUAUUCUUCGCAGUCUGUCUUUCGUGGACAUGUAUGGAAGAUUCGAGGCUGUUGACAUAGCUCAUUACAAGACGUUCGAAUGGAUUUUUGAAGACAAGCCUGAACACACAAAGAAUGAUUACAAUUUCUCCCAUCGCGAAACAUUCUUACAUUGGUUGUCAGCUGGAACGGGGAUCUUCCACAUUUCGGGGAAACUGGGAUCCGGGAAAUCGACUUUGAUGAAGUUUCUUUGCAGUCACGAGCGUACUAGUGUGGAACUAGAAAAGUGGGCUGGUGACAGAAAGCUCGUAUUUGCAAAGUUUUUCUUCUGGAAACCUGGUACGACAUUGCAGAGGUCCCUCGGUGGUCUGUUUCGAUCACUCCUUCAUGAUACCCUCGAAACACACCCCGAGCUUAUACCUGCAGUACUACCAGACCAAUGGGCUCGGUUGAAAUCUACUCCAUGGCACAUACAAACAGACCUUCAUCUCAGCAACGAAGAUAUUCGGGUAGCAUUUUCUCGACUUAUCAAACAUCGGAAUUUAUACAGGAAUCACUGUUUCUGCUUCUUCAUCGACGGCUUGGAUGAGUUUGAGGAACCUUUCAAGGACUCUAAAGACAUGAUCAACCUGCUCAUCAGCUGGACUGAGGUCGCUCCGGAGGAUGUCAAGAUCUGUGUUUCAAGUAGGGAGUACAAUGCCUUCCAAGACUCCUUCUCGGAUGAGAGGAGGCUCUGCCUUCAAGAUCUCACAAGGGACGACAUGGAACGUUACAUCCGAGAUAGAUUAUCUGAUAUGAGGACAAAAGACAAAGCUAGUAUAGAGCCGUUCGCGAAAGCGGUCGCCAGAAAGGCAAACGGUAUCUUCCUUUGGACCACAUUGGUAGUAAAGUCCCUUCGUGAACGGCUGGGAGAUGGUUAUGAGCUUGAUUUCCUUGAGCAAGAACUUGACUCUAUUCCUGAAGAGCUCGAGCAUCUCUUCAAAUAUCUUCUCAGGUCGAUUGCAAAGCCGGCCCGUAAAAGCGCUUAUCGGACGUUUGCCAUGGUCAUGGAGGCGAGAACCUGGGAGCUCGAAAUUUCUCUGGCCUCGUAUUAUUUCUUCAACCACUACGAGACUGACAAAGAAUUCGCUAUGCAACCGUCCUUCAGAAUUGCUAGACCGAAAGAACAAUCUGAGGCUGCCCGACGCGACAUGGCACGCAAAAGGCUCAACGGAUGCUGCAGAGGGUUACUUGAACUGAGUACACAUCAGGGGCAUUUUACUAUCGUCUUUACUCAUCGAUCUGUUCCUGAAUUCCUUGAGAGUCCAGAAACCAUAAUCCAAAUGGGCCUUUACCUGAGGAACUUCAGUCCUAUAGAUGCGAUUUCUCAGCUGUUUCUUGCAGAAGUGUUGAUGGCAGAUUCCGCUUCUAUGAAUAUAGGAUCGCUGAGUAUUCGCACCUACUCGGUUCUUCGUAUGCUCCAUCAAAGCAAAGCGGAUUGGGCGCCAUAUCACUUCAGAGAUACUUGUCUUCAUACUGCAGUUCUUGAGUUACAGGGAAAAGAUACAAAAGACCCCUCACUUGGUUACGGAAGAAUUAUCGUGAAACCCGAUUCGUAUUUCACAUCUAUAGCAGGUGAUUAUGACGAGAGUGCUGUUGUAUCGCCUCUCCAUAUUUCGGCUUUCCUCGGUGAUUAUGACUACAUCGCUUGGAAACUCGGUUGUGAUUCGACUAUUAUCGAAACCGAUUUGAAGAAGUACCUGUUGAUCAGAUGGAUCAUGCAUGGUGCAGUGUAUGUUGGCAAUAUUGGUUGCUUCAAACUCCUGGGUUUAUUCCUAAGCCGAGGCUUGCUGCCUCAGACUGUUCUACACACUCAAAUCCUGAUUCCAGGUUAUGAUGGAGAUGUGGAGCUGACCUUCUGGCAAUCCUUUAUUCUCGUUUCAGCAUUGGAAUACAUCCCGAUGCAUGACAUGCGCUCUUUCAAGUGGCAUGCUCGUAUUUCUGGUUUUGGUGGAGAAUAUCACCAAAACUUUGGAGAAAUAAUCGAGAAAUUUCUGCGGCUUGGAGCGGAUCUGGACCUCUGGAUGUGGGUUCCAGAUGAUUCUCGCGCUUUAAUAUCAGCUGGUAGUUGCGCCAAUGUUCAGUACGAUCACGUACGUGCCAGUAAAAGUGAAGUAACCUUGGGAAUAGAGCGGAAGAAGAUUGUGUUAGAAGCACAAAUUAGCAGAUCAACAUAUGAGUUGAUCAACAGUAAAGAUGGGCGUAUUUCAUUGAGAGAUUUGAUAGUUUUUUGGAAAUUAGAAAAUACGGAGAUUCUUCUUCAAUUGAUCGACAAAAAGAUGGAGCAGCAAGAGCAUACAUCGGGAGAUAAGAUUGGGGUAAAAAGAACUUUGCAAGUGGCUUUGCUAUGA